AUGAAUCUACACACUCAAAUAUCAUUCAUAGAUAUACAACAUAUACUCAAGUACAACCAACUACCAACUAUACAGAAAAAACAACGCAAAAGAAGUUUUAAUGAGUCAAAUAAUACUACAUCCCCAUCUUCUGACUUGGGUAUAGAUAAUCCUUCUUAUAUAUCAUUAUCAAAUACUAUACUCCAGGGGGAAACUAGUGUGGAUACACAUAAUAUAGAUAUUAGUCAACCAAUUAAGAUCCAUGAUGUCAAAUUAUCAUUACAAAAUAAUACAAUAACAAUCAAAACUAAAGCAAGAACUAAAUUAAAAUCUCAAAUUAUACUAGUAUUAGAACUACCGUCUGAUAUAAAUAAUAAUGACAUACAAAAAUUAUCAAUUGAAAGCAAGAUCCUUAACAAAUGUCAUUUUAAACAAAAUUAUUUCCAAUUUGAAUUACCAUAUCUAAUAUUAACCCUAGAUAACAAUGAUCAAGGGAUAUCAAUUUCAAUUCAAUUAUCAUACAACAUUCAAAUGCUUGAAACUUUAUAUUUCAACAUCCCUUCAAAUGAUAUCUCCACUUAUAUCAAAGAUAUAAUACCAUUAAUUUCAAAUUAUUCAGAAAUUGAACAACAAAAUAAUUUACCCACUGUUUCAAUGGAAAAUUUUUAUAAUAUGAUUUGUGAAAAAACUUUAGAAUUUCCUGAAUUUAAUAAACAACCAUUCAUAUCUGAAUUAGAUACUGAUUUAUUAAAAUUUCAAAUUAAAACUGUUCAUUGGUUAUUAAAUAGAGAAAAUAAAUAUUAUGAUGAUGAUGAAAAAACUGUGAAAUUAUUAGAUAAAUGGGAUAAAUCUUAUGAGCAUAAUGAUUUAAAAAUCUUGGAAUUUUUGAAUAAAUUAUCAUUUGGUUUUAAGAUCAUCACUAUUGGAACCCAAAAAAUCUGGUAUAAUCCUUAUACUCAAAACAUUUGUUCACAUGAAAAAUUAUUAGAUUUUUUCAAUAAUUCAAUAAAAUUCCCACCAAAUGGGUUUGGUUUAUUAUCUGAAGAAAUGGGGUUAGGUAAAACUGUGGAAAUAAUUUCAUUAAUCCUAUUAAACCAACGUGAACACCAUGAAUUAAAUCAAACCAUCUGGUCCCCAGAAUUAGAAAGAUCAAUUACAAAAACCAAAGCAACUUUAAUUAUAUGUCCUGAUUCAAUAAUACAUCAAUGGAUUGAUGAAUUAGAAUUACAUUCCCCUAAUUUAAAAAUUUAUGUAUACCAAGGGAUAAAUAAAUCAAAUAAAUCUUCUUUAGAAAUUUCAAAAGAUUUUUCACAAAAUGAUGUUGUUAUAACUACUUAUUCCACAAUUUCCCGGGAAAUUCAUAAUGCAUUAUUUAAUCCAUCAUCAAGACCCAAGAGAUCCAAGAGAGAUACCAAUACAAUGAUUAAUAUUGAUAACUUAGAUUUAGAUGAUCCCACCAUAGAAAAAGAAGCUUUGGAAACAAUAAAAGAAAUGUAUAAAACUGUGGAAAAAAAUGAUGGGAUCUUGAGAGAUCGUGAAGAUUAUUCAUCACCUUUAGUUAUGGUAGAAUUUUGGAGAAUUAUUCUAGAUGAAGUACAAAUGAUUGGUACUACAAUGUCAAAUAUUUGUAAAAUUGCUACAUUAAUCCCUCGGGUUCAUUCAUGGGGUGUCUCGGGGACUCCUAUUAAAUCUGAUUUAAAUGAUUUAAAAUCAUUAUUAUCUUUUUUACAAAUCCAUCCAUUCCAAGGUUCAAAACAAAAUUGGAAUCAAUUGGUUUCAAAUAGAUAUGAUUUUAUUGAAUUAUUCAAGGAAAUUUCAUUUAGACAUACAAAAGAAAUGGUUAAACAAGAUAUCCAGAUCCCUAAACAAAAUAAAUAUUUAUUAAGUGUACCAUUUGGACCAAUCGAACAAAAUAAUUAUGAAGAAUUAUAUAAAAAUUUCCUUAAGGAUGUUGGUCUUGAUCAUGAGGGGAAUCCAGUGGUACCUGAUUGGGAACCAUCACAAUCUUAUUACGAAUAUAUGUCAUAUUGGUUAAAAAAAUUAAGAAGAGUUUGUUGUCAUGCAAAUAUUUUGGAACCACAGGGGAAUAAUAAUCAGAUACAAAGUUUGAAAACUAUGGAUAAAGUUUUGGAAUCAAUGAUUAAGCAGACCUUGGAUAAGAUUAAUUAUAUUGAAAGAGAAAUUACAAAUUCUUAUUUAGAAAUUGGACAAAUUUAUGAAUUUGAAAAAAAACCUGGGAAAGCAUUGGAGAUUUGGUCCCAGGAAUUACCAAAUGUUUUAGAAAAAUUAGAAACUUUAAGAACCCAGUCACAACAAGGUGAUAAUGAAUCCAAAGGGGCUGAUAUAUACAUCAGAUUAACAUUAAAUUUACUACAUCGUUUAUAUUAUUUCAUCGCUUCAGCUCAUUAUCAAUUAUAUACACCUCCAUUAGAAGAACUUGUCCCAGGUUUAAACCUUGAUAAAUCAAUUUAUGAAGAAAUUGAUCCAUCAUUAACAAACCCACAACAAGGACAACAGCAAGGUCCACCAGUUGAUGAAUCUUCAAUCACGGUUUAUAGAGUUUUGAAUCAAGAUGAACAAUUACAUCAAGAUAAAGAAGUUGAAUAUUAUUCAUUAGCUCAGGAUAUAAGAAGAGAAUUAUUAUCUGAACCUAUAAAGCAAGUUAAUUUGUUUGUUGAAAAAUCAUUGAAUAAAGAUUUUAGGUUUGAAUAUAUUAAUGAUGAUCAAUUAAUCAUUGGUACUGGAUUCUCCACCCAGGACUUGGAAAUUCAAAGUUUUAUGACCAGAGUCCAAUCUGUCUUGAUUCAAUUGAAUUCCCAGGCAACUAUUUUAAAUUCAUGGAUUGAAGAUACCAUCUCGACGAUUCAAAGACCAUUAUUUGAUUCAGUUACAGAUCCAAGUGGUGAUGAAUAUAUUGGUUCUUUGGAUGAUCAAGAAAAAUUUAUAAAUUAUUUGGAUUUUUUACAAAGAUCUAUUUAUGAUAGAUCUGGUUUAAUCUUGGGGAAAUCUGAUUCUUUGCUUGUGGGAAGUUUUGAGAAUAAUAAUAAUGGUGAUUCUGAAUUUAAAAAUAAAUUGGAAAUGGAAUAUCCGAAAUUAAAUUUAACUGUUUCGUUAAGAGGAUUGAUUAUUAAUACGAAAGUUAUAUUAUCCAAGAUCCCACUGGUGGAAGAUAUGAAAACAUUUGCAAAAAUUAUAGUGGAUUUGAAAAAAAUUUUUGAAAUUCAAAAGGAAAAUAUCGAGAAUUCCAAAAAGAUUUUCAGGAAUUUAAAUGAUUGUUUUAAUUUAAGAAUUAAUUAUUUUAAACAAUUACAAGAAUUAAGUGAUAAUGUUAAACCAUUUGAUGAAAUAACUCAUGGGAAUUUACAAACAACAAAUAGAGAAACAAAAUUAUUUUCCAAAAUUGAUGAUUUGAAAAAAGAAUUAAAUUCUAUAAAUUCAAGAAUUCGUUAUUUAAAAUCUCUUUCAUCAUCUGCAAAUGACCAGAAUGGUAAUACAGGCUCAGAUGAUGAAAAAAUUUGUUCUAUAUGUCGGUAUCCAAUAACAAUUGGUUCUUUAACAAAAUGUGGUCAUCAAUAUUGUAAAGAUUGUUUAAAUCAUUGGUUAGCAAGACAUCGUGGUUGUCCUAUUUGUAAAUCUCAUAUAACAAAAUCAGAUGUUUAUAAUUUUACUUAUAAUAGAGAAGAAAUUAAUGUUAGGAUGAUUACUGAAGCAACAAGAGGUGAAGAUGAUGAAAUUUUUAAAAUUUAUUCCAAAAUUGAUGAAAAUUCAUUGAAGGAGAUUAAUUCUAUCAAGAUUAAUAAUAAUUAUGGAUCAAAGAUUAAUACUAUUAUUAAACAAGUUCUUUGGUUAAAAAAGCAAAACCCCCAGGUUCAAAUUGUUAUAUAUUCUCAAUGGUCACAAUUAUUAUCCAUAAUAGGACAAGCUUUUAAUCAAAAUGGUAUAAAAUUUCUUGGUUCAAAAAAUUCAUUAUAUAAGACAGGUUCAGGUGGGAAAUCAAAAAUUAAGACAGAUAUUUCAAAUUUCAAAAAAGAUUCAAGGAUAACUUGUUUUUUACUAAAUGCAAAAGCUGAAGCAUCAGGUCUUACUUUGAUUAAUGCACAACAUGUUUUUAUAUGUGAACCUUUUGUUAAUUCUGCAUUAGAAUUACAAGCUAUAAAUCGGAUUCAUAGAAUUGGACAAAAAUUUGAAACUUCAGUAUGGAUGUUUUCUAUCACGGGGAGUGUUGAAGAAAGUAUUAUUCUGUUAUCAACAAGGAAAUUCCAAUCCAAGAUGGAAAAAUUUAAUACAGAAAAUUUUCAAAAAAAUUUUAGUAAAUUAGUGGAAAAAAAUGGUGAAAGUGUUGAUUCUAAAGAUUUAUGGAAUUCUUUUUUUAGUUCUAAGAUUGAUAGAAUUGUAUAA